AAGUUCUUCCCCCGGAAGCCCAGAGCGCCUGCGGCCUGCCAGUUUCAUUCCGGGAGCUUCCCAGCCGGGAGAAAGGUCCUGCAGUGCAUUCUGGGAAAGUCUCUAGGCCGUCGGCUUUGUUUCCGGAGGAGGAGUUGCGUUUGGUUUCCGGAGAGCCCGCAGAGGCACCGCAGUUCCCUGGUUUCUGGCUACUCGCAGAGGCGCCUCUGCUUCCUAUCUUGGUUUUUGGGUCGUGCGGGCCUCCUCCCGGCGCUCGCCCUCGCCGCCAGCAUGUCUGGGGUGCGCGCUGUGCGGAUCAGCAUCGAGUCAGCCUGCGAGAAGCAGGUCCAGGAGGUGGGCCUGGAUGGCACUGAGACGUACCUGCAGCCGCUGUCCAUGUCGCAGAACCUGGCGCGACUGGCCCAGCGGAUCGACUUCAGCCAGGGUUCGGGCUCUGAGGAGGAGGAGGCGGCGGGGGCUGAGGGUGAUGCGCAGGACUGGGCGGGCGCCGGGUCCAGCGCGGACCAGGACGACGAGGAAGGGUUGGUAAAAUUUCAACCUUCUCUUUGGCCUUGGGAUUCAGUGAGGAACAAUUUGAGAAGUGCCCUGACAGAGAUGUGUGUUCUCUAUGAUGUUCUCAGUAUUGUUAGGGAUAAAAAAUUUAUGACUCUUGAUCCCGUCUCCCAGGAUGCACUUCCUCCAAAACAGAAUCCUCAGACAUUGCAGUUGAUAUCUAAAAAGAAGUCACUUGCUGGAGCAGCACAAAUCCUAUUGAAGGGGGCAGAAAGACUGACCAAAUCAGUCACUGAAAAUCAAGAAAAUAAGCUACAAAGAGACUUCAACUCUGAGCUUUUGAGAUUACGGCAACAUUGGAAACUUAGAAAAGUUGGAGAUAAAAUUCUUGGAGAUCUCAGCUACAGAAGUGCAGGAUCUCUCUUUCCCCAUCAUGGUACGUUUGAAGUAAUAAAGAAUACAGAUAUUGAUCUGGAUAAGAAGAUACCUGAAGAUUACUGUCCUCUUGAUGUUCAAAUUCCUAGUGAUUUAGAGGGGUCUGCAUAUAUUAAGGUUUCAAUUCAAAAACAGGCUCCAGACAUAGGUGAUCUUGGCACAGUUAACCUCUUCAAACGACCUUUGCCCAAAUCCAAACCAGGUUCCCCACAUUGGCAGACAAAAUUAGAAGCAGCACAAAAUGUUCUCUUGUGUAAAGAAAUUUUUGCACAGCUCUCUCGGGAAGCUGUUCAAAUUAAAUCACAGAUCCCUCACAUUGUGGUGAAAAACCAGAUUAUCUCUCAGCCCUUUCCAAGCUUGCAGUUAUCCAUUUCUUUGUGUCAUUCGUCAAAUGAUAAGAAAUCCCAAAAAUCUGCUACUGAGAAGCAAAGUCCAGAGGACCACCUUUAUGUCCUUGAGCAUAAUUUGCAUCUACUCAUUAGAGAGUUCCAUAAACAGACCUUGAGUUCCAUCAUGAUGCCUCAUCCAGCAAGUGCACCUUUCGGCCACAAGAGAAUGAGACUUUCAGGUCCUCAAGCUUUUGAUAAAAAUGAAAUUAAUUCAUUACAGUCCAGUGAAGGGCUUCUGGAAAAGAUAAUUAAACAAGCAAAGCAUAUUUUUCUUAGGAGUAGAACUGCUGCAACCAUUGACAGCUUAGCAAGUCGCAUUGAGGAUCCUCAGAUACAGGCUCAUUGGUCAAAUAUUAAUGAUGUUUAUGAAUCUAGUGUGAAAGUUUUAAUCACAUCACAAGGUUAUGAACAAAUAUGCAAGUCCAUUCAGUUGCAGUUGAAUAUUGGAGUUGAGCAGAUCCGAGUUGUACACAGAGAUGGAAGAGUAAUUAUGCUGUCUCAUCAGGAGCAGGAGCUACAGGAUUUCCUCCUGUCUCAGAUGUCACAGCAUCAGGUGCAUGCAGUUCAGCAGCUGGCGAAGGUUAUGGGCUGGCAGGUACUGAGCUUCAGUAAUCACGUGGGACUUGGGCCUAUAGAGAGCAUCGGCAAUGCCUCCGCUAUAACGGUGGCCUCCCCAAGUGGUGACUAUGCUAUUUCAGUUCGUAAUGGCCCUGAAAGUGGCAGCAAGAUUAUGGUUCAGUUUCCUCGUAACCAGUGUAAAGACCUUCCAAAAAGUGAUGUUUUACAAGAUAGCAAAUGGAAUCAUCUUCGUGGACCAUUCAAGGAAGUUCAGUGGAGUAAAAUGGAAGGUCGAAACUUUGUUUAUAAAAUGGAGCUGCUUAUGUCUGCACUUAGCCCUUGUUUACUAUAAUUUUUUUCUAGAACAGUAUCCGGAUUUUUUUCCAGAAACUUUGACUUGAGGUGUUUGCAGAUCAACUAUAAGCAAAAGGAGAAAUCUUCCAAAGGAGUAUUGUUUUUUUAAAAACAUUAAUUAGCAAACACCUAGCAUUUUGGAACCUUCACUUUAUAAGUGACAGGUGCUUUGAAAUGCAGAAAUUUAUGUACAGUUAUAGGGCAUACAGUAUGGGGAAAUGUAAAAUAAUACCUUUUUUAUGCAGUUAACUUAAAAUGUUACUAACUUUUGGGUUUGAAUUUGCUUUUUAAAAGUCCUUUGAUGUGGGCAUCAAGCAAAAUAUAUGGUUACCAAUUCCAGAUACUUUCUGAACUCUUAACAAUGAAUUGUGUCUAUAAUCGACUUGUCUCAGUCCACAAUUUGUUGAAAAAGAUUGCUUAAGAAUAUUCAAACUCUUCUGACCCAGCUUUCAUACGGGAAUUCACUCACACUGAGAGAGCAGACCCUUACCCUGAAGUGUAACAAAGGACAUGCCAACCAAAGGAGCCCUCCCUCCCUUCCUUAUCAAAAUAUGAGCAUGUGCUCUUGUCUUCUAAAUAAAUAAAAUACCUCUUCCUCCCACUGUCUUCUUUAUGCCUGCCUGGGUCUAACCUAAACAGGUACUUUGAGAACUUCCUCAGAAAGCUCCAGCUGAAGAUGAAAAAGGCGGCAGAUUGUAUCUUCGGGGCUUCCUCAGGGCCCUUUUUGGUCUGUUCUCCCACUUGAAUGACCUCACUCCCCUAUGAUACUUAGUGCAUGCUCUUGCCUCGCCCUACCUUUGAGAUUCUCCAGCCUCCACCCAGAGGCCCGGACAUGCUUCUUGCCAUUAAAGUCUUGUCCUGUCUCAUUCUGUCAGCUCUCUGCUUUUUAAAAGAGAAAAUAGUAAUGGAUUAGUAGAUUGCAUUUUAUAAAUGACAUGUUUGCAUUUCUUAAAAGUAGUGCCCCAAACCUAAAAUGGCAGAGGGACUUCCCUUAAGAAGAGAUUUAGACUUAUGGGCCUUUUGGUGCCACUAUAAAUAAUAUAUAGGUGGUAGUUGCCUUAUGAGUAAAGCUUUCGAUUUUUAAAUGAUACCCUUUUGAUAAUUUAUAACAUCACUUAAGAAACUUAAAAGUCCUUUGUAUUUCUCUACCUUUUUUUCUUUAAAAAGUAAAAUAGAGCUUGUAAGCCAUAAAAUA